GUUUCUUAUCUUAUCAUGGUUAUAUCGGAAAGGAAGAUAUUCCAGGUAGUACGCUCUACAAGAAUGCUGGCUAAACUGAUCGGCUUUGUUCUGGGAAUGUCUGUCUGUCGGGCAGUUCAAGACGGCUCGCCUUGGCCGGUGCGGGAGUUCCGGGGGGCCUGGAUCGCCACGGUCGCGAACAUAGACUGGCCGUCCUCCCACUCACUGACCACCGACCAGCAGAAAAACGAGCUGACCUCCCUGCUGGACAGGCUACAGAGCCAAAACUUUAACGCCAUCGUCUUACAAGUAAGGACUUCCGGUGACGCUCUGUACAAUUCUUCCUUUGAGCCCUGGAGUUACUAUCUCACCGGACGACAAGGGAGAGCACCCAGCCCCUAUUACGACCCCUUAGAAUUCACUGUUCAGGAGGCACACAAGAGGAACAUGGAGGUUCACGCUUGGUUUAACCCUUACAGAGCCAGGAGUGGUAGUAACUCAACCUCAGGCCUGGCACCAAACCAUAUGGCUAACAGGUUUCCACGUUAUACAUACGCCUAUGGUAGUAACCUAUGGAUGGACCCAGGGGCCAAAGUUGUUCAGGAUUUCAUCCUGUCUGUAUUCAGGGAUGUGGUCACGCGGUACGAUAUCGACGGGCUACACAUGGAUGACUACUUUUACCCUUACCCGGUAUCUGGAGUAGCGUUUCCGGACUCCCAUACAUACUCGGCGUACGUUUCCGGGGGAGGUCGUCUCUCCCUUGCGGACUGGAGGAGGGACAGUGUCAACACCCUAGUUCACGGAUUAUACUCUCUAGUGAAAUCCAUCAAACCGCAUGUUAAGGUGGGCAUCAGUCCUUUUGGAAUCUGGAAACCUGGACACCCCCAUACAAUCCACGGACUCUCGAGUUUUGACUCAUUGUACGCUGAUUCCAAGAAAUGGCUUGAGCUUGGGUGGGUGGAUUACCUAUCCCCACAGCUCUACUGGGAAAUAGAUCCACCGCAACAGAGUUAUCCAGCACUGCUAGACUGGUGGUUACAACAAAACAAGAUGAACCGCCAUCUAUAUACCGGAAACUACGCCAGCGCCAUCGUGGUUAAAUCAUGGCCAGUCAAUGAGCUCGUCCGACAAGUUCAAUUGUCACGUGACCGGCGUGAUCAACUGAGUCUGGGAAACGUUUUCUUCAGUGCAAAAACAUUUUCGCACAAUACUCAUGGAAUAGGCGACACCUUUAAAUCAGGCCAAUACUCGACACCCGCCUUACAACCGGAAAUGACGUGGCUUACCGCACCCGCUCCUUCAUCACCACAAAACGUUCGCGCGAGCGCAGACUUUAAGCUUUACUGGUCCUCUGAUUCGUCUCACACCGUGAGGUCCUGGGCUGUGUAUGCCCUGAGGGCUGAUGUGUGGGAACUAGUUCAUGUGUUAAACAGGGACACGAUGGAAGUCGGGGUACAGGGCGGCUACUACGCCGUGAGGGGCGUGAACCGCCUGGGGAAGGAGAGUGAUGCCGUGACUGUGCACGUAGAUGACAUUUACGUGGGAGUUGUAGGGAAAUAAGGCUAGACUUUAUUCCAGAACGAUACACAAAAAUCAUCAAUACCUCUUAAUUCAAUACAAAGAUUGUGUCCAAAGAAGCAGUAUUAUAAUCGUAUUCGAUUUAUUAGUCACAUAAUUGAUUGUAUUACCCAUUAUUGACAGUUGUAAAGGUUUUAAGAUUAAUAAAAUUCCGCUUGGUAUAUAACAUUGACA